GCAAUUUAAUGAUCCCAAUAGGCUCACUGAAAGGCAUGUUAACUCUUGGUCGUGGGGGGCUAUCAUGGCAUGUGAUAGCAUUCACACCCACUCGCUGCAAUCAGUCCUUGUGUCUGGGCUCCGGUGUAAGGGCGAAUCAUUGGCAUGACGUGUUCCUUUGAUGGUUAGCUGAAGACGAGUUGGGAAGCGCCAAUUUAGAGAGAUAUAAAAGAUGUGAUACGUCCGAAACCCCUUCGGUUGUCAAUGGAAGGAUCUUAAGUCUGACUGAGUAGCGAACUCACUGCCAAAACCUCCUGUUGAGUUUCAUUUGUACCACAGGAACCUCUUCUAUCACCAACGGUGGGUAGAACAGUGAAAAUCGGUCGAGACACUGGUAUUGACGGAAACUUCGUCCUUCGCUCCCAUUAUCUACUCAUAACCGUGAACUUCUAUUCGGUACAGUAUGGCAUUUGUCGAGCUACCUUCAAGGCUACCGACUGUCGUUUUGGUAGCAUUAUUCUCACUGACAGGACUCAUAUGCUACUUCAUCGGCUGGUGUGUAUAUACCUUAUACCUUCACCCUUUAGCCAAAUUCCCGGGGCCCAAGGUCGCUGCAAUAACGCAACUAUGGCAUGCCUGGAGCUGGCUUAAUGGGCACCACCCACGCAUUUUACAAAAAGCUCAUAAAAAAUAUGGCAAUGUUGUCCGGGUAGCGCCCAACGAAUUAAGCUUCAAUACGGUCCAGGCUCAUAAUGAUAUCUACUCAGCGCCGACACGCAACAGGAAACCAUUCAUUAAAGAUGCUACCUUCUAUAAGAAUGGAGAUUCUGUUCGGGUGCUGAUCUUCGAGAUUGAUGCUACAGAGCAUGCAUGGCAACGAAAGCUAAUAGCCCCAAGCUUCAGCGGCACGACCUUGCGCAAGCAGGAAUAUAUCAUCCAACACUACGUGGACUUGUUGGUGGAGAAAAUGGGGAGUCUGUCUGCUGCUUCGCGUGGAGCUGGCGUCGAUGCAGUAGAGGCAAUGCUGUGGUUGGGGUUUGAUAUCAUGGGGGAGAUGACGUUCAGUGAAUCCUUUGGCGCCGUCGAAGCUAGCAAGACGCAUUUCUGGGUCUCGGUGAUCCGUGACAGUGCACAUGCGGCGAUGCUGCCUGCUCUAAUUGAGCGCAUGCCACUGCUACGCUUCGUCUUGCCAUACAUGGUGUCGAAAUCGGCGAUCCAGAACCGCAAGAAGCACUACGUGUACACACAGGAAACAAUUCGUAAGCGCGUGCGACUCCAGGAAGAACAUCCCGAAACGGCGACGACAGACAUCUGUGGCCCUGUCAUCGCAAACGGCAAAAUGGACGAGACGUCGCUUGUGUCCUUCGCCCAAGCAAUGGUAAUCGCUGGUGCAGACACGGUUGCACACGCGCUGACGGGAGCAACGUACUUCUUGUGCGCAAACCCGGCGUGUCUGAAGGAACUGCAGGACGAGAUCCGCGGGCUUGGAAGCUAUGAGGAGCUGACGGGUACUCGGCUUGCAUCUCUCCGAUACCUCAAUGCGGUGAUUGAGGAGACGCUGCGAGCCUUCCCACCGGCCGCCUUCGGGCUACCCCGCGUAUCACCCGGUGAGUAUGUUGAUGGUCAUUUCGUGCCGGCAGGAGCCGUUGUAUCAGCGCCACACUGGGUCAUCACGCACAACGAGUCCGAGUGGCAGGACCCCUACACCUUCCGGCCCGAGCGGUGGCUUGAGGGCGGAGUCUCACAGCCGCGGAACCUGGCUUUCAGCACAGGACCUAGGGCGUGUCUCGGUCUCGGACAGGCGUGGCUUGAGAUCCGUGUUACACUUGCGAAGCUCGUUUACAGUUACGACAUGGCAUUUGCGCGAGAGCAUGGUGACUGGCUGGGAGAUGCUAAGAUGUUUACGAUGUGGAGGGAAGUGCCGCUGAUGGUGAAUUAUCGACCUCGCAAGACGCACUAAGUUUUUUCUUCCAUGAUGAAGCAUAGGUUGGGGAUUUGGGAAACGCAUUGCCUACCUACAGUGGGUAUCAUCGAAGCUGAAGUCUCAUGGCGUGGUACCUAGUUCAUUCUUUUCGUCCCGUUUGUCUUUACUCUCUUUAGUGUAACGGUAGCGUAGCUAGUGUUGGCUUUAUUCAUGAUACUAUUUUGAUCACUCGCUAGAACAGGGCGGAAAAAGAAUAGAUUGAGCUGAAUCAUUCCCUACCUAGCAGAUACCUAG